AUUUGAUUUUCUUUUUUGGGGUUUAAAAUUGAAACCGUCAAGAUUGAGAAAUGAUCGCACGAAUGCUACGAACUCCAUUUCUCUCACUUUGUAAAUCUCAGCUACCUUUUUGCUCGCUUCAAAUCCUUUCCGGCUCUCAUGGACGUUCCUGUACUCAAGUGACUGAGAUUUUUCGUUAUCGUAUUGGAAUAUCAUCAAAUACAAUCUCUGUUUAUGGAUUUAGAACGUUUUGCACUGGCACUGAUAAAGAUUUGUCGACUAAGAAGUGUGUUCCGUGUAACUCAAAGGAUCUACGGUCUAUGACAGAAGAAAGUGCAAGUAAAUUAAUUCCAAAGGUGGAUGGUUGGAAUUUGGUUAAUGAAGGGGAUACAUUGAAGCUAAAAAGGUCUUGGAAAGUAAAGAGUUUCACCAAAGGACUGGAGAUGUUUCAGCUCAUAUCUGAUAUUGCUGAAGCCGAAGGGCAUCAUCCAGAUCUGCAUCUGGUCGGAUGGAACAAUGUAACAGUUGAAAUAUGGACUCAUGCUGUCGGUGGACUUACGGAAAAUGACUUCAUACUUGCUAGCAAGAUCAAUGCUCUCGACCUGCACCAUCUUCUCAGAAAGAAAGUUACCAGUUGAUAGGUAUCAAUGGAAUGUUAAACUGUACGCUCCUAGUAAUAUGUUUUUGCUUUGUUGGAAACAACUAUGUUUUCCCUCU